AUGAAAGCAACGAAAUCUCUCACAUAUGCAGUCAGAGACACGUUAGUUUCUCCGACUCUUCUCAUUCGAAGUCGUUCAAACCCGUCACCCUGUCUUUGCAAAUGUGGGUCGUGUUCUCAUGAAGACAUAUAUGUUAAUGUUUUACCUGAUGUUUUGUUCACAACUAAGCCUGCGAAGCUAACAGCUGCUAUCAAUAAGUUACUUGAGCGAAUAUGUGAGCAAGGGAAUAAAUCAGUGCACUACACAAAUAAUAGGAUGGGUAAAAUAAUAUCUAAUGUAACCAGCGACGAACAGUGUUGGUGGAAAGACAUGUUUUCAGUACAAAGUGAAGUGACGUCUUCGGUGACACCUUUUGUACGCCUUCUAAAUGCUUUAAUUAAUUUUGAAGACUUCUACACUAAAAGUCAAACAAACGAUCUUACUGAGAUAAUCAAUAUGUGCCGAUCGUGUGAUCAUAAACAUAGACCAAAUUAUAAAGCCAGUCGUUUAAAGUUUUCAGUCGGACUUUGUUCGUAUCUCAGUUGUGUUGAUAUUUUUUACUGGUCUCCUGGUUCACGGGAAAUUGCCUUCGAAAUUGCUUUAGCUUGGGGGAAAUUACUAACAGAUCGAUAUGCAAAUGAAGAAGCUGGUGUACGACAGGGUACUUGUCGUAGUAAUUUAGCACCACAAUCAUUCGGUGUAAUUGAAAAUUGGGUUGAAUACUUAUCUAUGGGUAAAUUGAGUUCGAAAGCUUCAAGAUUCAUCCAAAUAGAACCAGAACAACCUAUUUUCUCUGAAGAAACUAAUUCACCACUUGAUGCUAACAUUCCUAAAUUAUAUACAACAAAAGAAAUUGUCAUUGUAAAAGAUCCUGAAACAGAUCCAGAUUCAAAUGAUCAUUAUUCCAACAAUCCGAAUAUCAGACAUAAUAAAUCAAUAACAUUAAUUAUCAAUACAGGUGAAUCCUUGUCAGCUGAAAAACAAUCAAUUAUGAUGAAUACAAAUCCGGAAUUGUAUACACUAAGCGAAGUAUGGAGAUCAGUUGUCGAUGAACGGCGGAAAUCUGCAAAUACUAUUGUCUAUCAAAUUGAUAAUGAAUCACUUGAUCAGGUUAUUGAAUCGUUGAAUCAAUUCUGGGGAAAUCAUAAAUGUACAGUGUGCUGUGGUGAAGCUGUCAGUCAGCAUUGA